UUCCUUAACAAUUCUCCCCUCGCGGGCCGCCUCUUGUUGUUAGCUUAGUUUGGACUAUCACAACUUCCGGUAUGGAUCGCUUAGUUAGUCCGCUACUUCCGCCAUUUCUUCGUUGGUUUCUAUUUUGUUUUAUACCUUUCAUAAUUAUUAAUUAAUUUUGUGUUUUUUCUUAAUUAUUAAUUAAUUUCGUCAAUGAUUUAAUAAGCAAACGAAGUAGAAGACACAUCGUUGUCGGUUGUCUUGAAAAUAGAGACAAUAUCUGAGUCCUGUCGGGAAAGAAAUCAUAAGAAGAGAAAUUACUGAUGAAUCUUUGAUAUUUCUUUCGGGAAUAUUCUAGAAGAAAUAACCGGAAAAUGAAAACAGAAAAGAAGAAAAAAAUAUUCAACUGUGAAUACUGUUGUAAAGAAUUUCUUUACAACAGUGAUUUAAUACGUCACAGCCGGACGCAUACAGGAGAGAAACCUUACCACUGUGAUGUUUGUGGAAAAUCUUUUGCUUUCAGCAGCGGUUUUUAUAGUCACCAAAGAACACAUUUGGGAGACAAGCCCUACCAUUGCGAACUUUGUGAUAAGAAGUUUGCUCAAAAGAGUGGACUGAACAGGCAUAAACUGCGACAUACAAACAAAAAGACAUAUCACUGUGAAACUUGUGGAAAUACAUUCUAUGAAAAAUAUGCUUUGGCUCGUCACCAACAAAUACACACAGAAAAUAAGCCGUAUCAAUGCGAAGUCUGUGGUCGGUCGUUUUUUCAGAACAAUGACUUAGCAACCCAUAUAAAAACACACACGGGAGAAAAACCAUUCAGUUGUAAUAUUUGUGGUAAGAAGUUUUCUCGGAGUACACAUUUACCAAGUCACUUAAGACUGCAUACGGGUGAGAAACCCUAUCGCUGUGAGACGUGUGGCAAAACUUUUGCCCAAAGCAGUCACCUAUAUACUCAUAAAGUAAUCCAUACGGGAGAGAAGAGAUAUCGUUGUGAUGUCUGUGGAAAGACGUUUGCCCAGCGAGCGCACCUAACUGGCCAUACACAACUGCAUGGUGGCGAUCAGCCUUAUAAGUGUGAUAUAUGCGGUAAAGGAUUUGCGUUCAAUUGUAAUCUAAAUGAUCACAAACUCAUUCAUAGUGGAGAGAAACCACAUCGAUGUGAUGUUUGUGAAAAAGCAUUUACUGAUAGAAGUACUCUUGCCAAACACAGACGAACUCAUAUUCCUGAUGUGGUCUAUGAGUGAGCUUUGCUUGCUUUCUACACAUGUAAUAAUUGAUUAUAUGGCUGGGGAUCAAUCAGAAUAUUUUAUUGAUAAAUUGAUAAAUCACUUUUUAGAGAUAAUUGUGAUUUGGGAUUAUAAAACUGAAAUAAUAGCUUCCUAAAAGAAGAAAAUGAGACAUGAAUCAGUGAAGAAAUAUCCAAAGUAAUAAAACACUACGACAAGAGAAAGAUGAGAAUAAUCCUAAAUAAAAGUAAGCUUUGGAAGGCUUGUGAGAAAUGCUGAACUCAAUACAGGGAAAGUUGGGUCUCGCAACUGAUGACAAGAUUUAGCCAUGAACAAUCAUUGUUCUGCAGACCCAGCCAUCAGGCGGUAACAGAAAUAUCAAUGUUAAAAUGAUGUCUCAAAAUGUAUUUCGGUUUAUCACAAAGAAGAAAAAUGUUUCAUGUCUCACUAAUUAAAACAUCUCGUUGUCUCUGAUGAAUAUUUGGAUGCUUUAUACAUUUUUUACAAAGCUAACUUCAAAAAUGAUUGAAACAUGUUUAAAGCUGGCCUUAAACAUAUUUAUCUGAGUUGAACCAUAAGCAAAAUUGAUGUUAUUUACUAUCCAUUUUACAUGAAAAAUAAAAUUUUUUGAAGAGCAGGCACUUCUUUGUCUAGUGUUGCAGACAUUUAUCUGCCAGGAUCAAGAAAGGAGAGUUUCUCAUUUCUGAAUAUUCAAAUAUAGAAAAGAAGAAAACAAAAUAAAUAAUAUAAAAAAAAAAAACUGUGUGAUAAACCGAAAUAUAUUUUGAGACAUCAUUUUAACAUUGAUAUUUCUGUUAUCGCCUGAUGGCUGGGUCUGCAGAACAAUGAUUGUUCAUGGCUAAAUCUUGUCAUCAGUUGUGAGACCCAACUUUCCCUGUAUUGAGUUCAGCAUUUCUCACAAGCCUUCCAAAGCUUACUUUUAUUUAAGAUUAUUUUCCUCUUUCUCUCGUCAUAGUGUUUUAUUACCUCGGAUAUUUCUUCACUGAUUCAUGUCUCACUUUUAAAUACGUUAAAUGAUGAUGAUGAAGAUAGAGGAUUGGUGUUGAAUGCC